GCGCUGGGCGUAGCUGGGUGGCAGCCAGGGGGACUGACGUGAGGCCGGUGAGGCGCGUGGGGUGAUCCAGGUGCUCCGCUUCCACCUGCUCGAGGCUCCCGAGUGCUGUGGUCAUGGGACUGUCGGAGGUGUGGCGCCUCACGUCAAAAUUUAAUUCAUUCAGAAGAACUCAUAUCAUUCUGCAGCAUUUGGCAAUGUCCAAACACACAAAUGCAGCAGAAGAGGUACUAUUGGAAAGAAAAGGUUGUGCAGGAGUGAUCACACUAAACAGACCCAAGUUACUAAAUACACUGACUUUUAAUAUGGUUCGGCAGAUUUAUCCACAGUUAAAGAAGUGGGAACAAGAUCCUGAAACUCUCCUGAUCAUUAUAAAAGGAACUGGAGGAAAGGCUUUUUGUGCUGGUGGUGAUGUCAGAGCGGUCUCAGAAGCUGGAAAGGCAAAUAAGAAGCUAAGUCAAGAUUUCUUCAGAGACGAAUACAUCCUGAACAAUGCCAUUGCUUCUUGCCGGAAACCAUAUGUUGCACUUAUUCAUGGAAUUACAAUGGGUGGAGGAGUUGGUGUCUCAGUUCAUGGGCAAUUUCGAGUGGCCACUGAAAAGACUGUCUUUGCAAUGCCAGAAACAGCAAUUGGGCUAUUCCCUGAUGUGGGUGGAGGUUAUUUCUUGCCACGGCUUCAAGGAAAACUUGGUUACUUCCUUGCAUUAACAGGAUUCAAACUAAAAGGAAGAGAUGUGCACAAAGCAGGAAUUGCUACACACUUUGUAGAUUCUGAAAAGUUGGACACGUUAGAGGAAGAUUUGUUAGCCCUGAAAUCUCCUUCCAAAGAAAAUAUUGCAGAUGUCUUAGAAACUUACCAUGCAAAGUCCAAGAUCGAUCAGGACAAGCCUUUCAUACUGGAGGAACACAUGGAUAAAAUAAACAGUUUGUUUUCAGCCAACACAAUGGAACAGAUUAUUGAGAAUUUACAACAAGAUGGUUCAUCUUUUGCUGUAGAGCAGUUAAAGAUGAUUAACAAAAUGUCUCCAACAUCCCUAAAGAUCACGCUAAGGCAACUCAUAGAGGGAUCUUCAAAGACAUUACAGGAAGUAUUAACUAUGGAAUAUCGGCUAAGUCAAGCUUGUAUGGGAGGUCAUGAUUUUCAUGAAGGCGUUAGAGCAGUUCUAAUAGAUAAAGACCAGAGUCCGAAGUGGAAACCAGCUGAUCUAAAAGAAGUUACUGAUGAAGAUGUGAAUAAUUACUUUAAAUCUCUGGGAAGCAAUGAUCUGAAAUUAUGAGGUGACUGUCCUUUUAAUCUGUUAUUUUGGAGCAGGGGAUGGCAAACUAUGGCCCGUGGGCCAAAUCUGGCCUGCCCGUUUUUAUACCACCUGUAAGCUAAGAAUGGUUUCUAGAUUUUUAAAUCGUUGGGGGAAAAAAAGUCAAAGACUUAUAUUUCAUGCCACAUGAAAAUUAUAUGGAAUUCAAAGUUCAGUGUCCAUAAAUUGUCUUAUUGGAACAUAGCUGUAAUCAUUUAUUUACAUAUUAUCUGUGGCUGCUUUCAUGCUACAAUGGCAGAGUUGAGUGGUUGCAGCAGAGACCAUGUGGCUUGCAAAGCCUAAAAUAUCUGGCCCUUUUCAGAAAAAGUUUGCCAACCCGUCUUAGAAGACAGGACAAUCUGAAGGCCUUUAGAGAUUGUCUUGAGUUAGUACAUCUAACCAAAAUGGGAACUUUGUGUUUUGACUUUGAACAGUGGCUUACAUGUUUAUUAAAUAAACUUAUGUAUAGAUUAUAAAAAAUAAAAACCUUGAAAAUUUUGUAGAUACUUUGUUAAUACUUCAUAGAAUUUCUCCACAUAGAAGUCUAUUUAAAAAUAAGCAUGUGUUGCUAUAGCAUAAGUGUUCCUUCUAUAACAUUAGAAAUUUCAGGCAAAGAGAAAACGUUUUUAUGAAGUUACCUCUCCUUUUCCCUUCCCUAAAGUAAUCAGAAUCCCAUCCUGUAGGAAAACACUAUUCCUUUUUAUUUGCAAUUUUUGCUAAUCUGGCAGAAUUAGGGAUUAGGAAACUCCAAUCUCUAAAACAGGGACAAGGGCCCUGUUGGCACAGUGGUUAAAGCACUCAGCUGUCAACUGAAAGGUCGGCGCUGUGAAACCACCAGCUGCUCCGUGGGAGAAAGAUGUGGUGGUCUGCUUCCGUAAAGAUUCACAGCCUUGGAAAUCCUCUGGGGUCGCUAUGAGUUGGAAUCCACUUGACGGCAGUGGAGUAAGAUAGGCAUGCUCUACUUUUUGCAAUUUAUAUCAGACUUAUGUGUGGUAUGUUAAUUGUCCUUACAGAAGGUUCAAAUCAAGAGAAAAAAAUUAAUUGACCAUAAGAGGGCUUUUGUUUAAAAUAUAAAUGCUGUCAAUAAUUUGUAUUGACAAAACAAUAGGUGUUUUUUAAGGUACACAGGGAACUGUAAGGUGUUCCAGACUCUGAGACCUUACAUAGGUAAGAACAGUUUUUUAAUUAACAGUCAGCUGAUCUUUUAUUUUGUAACUUGGUAUAAUUUCUCCUUUAUCCUAAGCCCUUUAAAUACUUAGAGAGAACUUCAGGUUUGUAAAAACACAAAGCAACAGAACUGAAAAGGACAUAUAAGACUGUUCUUCACCCUGCUCAUAGAUGAAGAAAUUGCAGUUCAAAAGGUAUUGCUAUUUCUCAGUUCUUGACUUGAGAUGAAGCAUUGUUCAUCCAGAAAAUUCAGAGAACAGAUUGGAAUAAGGAUGCGAUGAUAAUAGACACAUUUAUAUUUUUACAGCACCUAAAUUGGACGCGAAUGAGCCAAGGAAUUGUUUGUAUAUAUUGAUUUUUGUUCACUUUAUAUUUAAGAAUGAAGAAAAUGUUGAAAUCUUUCAUGUUGUUAAAAAAUUUGGAAGUAUACAAGGUUGAAAAGCAUUUGCUUACUUUAAAUAAGAACUCAGCUAGUUAAUUGCAACUGGACUUUAUUGUACAGUUAAAAAAAUGUUUUCACAAAAAUAUCUGGAAAAAAAUAACCAUUUCAUAGCUAAGUCUUACCGGGAAGAAAAUUGGCUAACAAAACUUGAGUUUUGCAAACUAAGAUGCAAGUAGUGCUUCUGAGCCAGUGCCCACAGCUCCAAGGAAGACAUAUCCUAUUUAGUCACACAAAUACAGUGUGAGGACAUUAUAAUUAAACAAUAUAUUCUUUAGAAUUUUGUUUUUAAAUUACUGUUCCUUAACACUAUUUAUAAAAUGUCCUUAACUUUUGAUUUCUAAACGUAUGCAAUACCAAAGUAUAGUCCCCCCAUCUCAUAAAAUGUUAGUGACAUUGGGUAAGAUAUAUGAGUAUCAUGCUACUUCAUUCAAUUUGUCUGUUUUAACUAAGACAGUUUGACACAAAUUAUUCCUUUGGGAUGAAGAUGGUAAUCAUUUUUUGUUCUCUUAAAUUAUGCUUUUAAGUGCUAAUAGCCAUAGGUAGUUUACAAAGAACUGAUGAGGCGACUGAAAGUGGAGAAUUCUAGGAUCGUAGGCAUGUAACUGAACAGUAUAUAAGAGACGUUUAACCGAGAAAGGCGUCAGGGAAACAUAUUUGUGGGGUUACGUGAGUUUUUGUAAGUAAGAAAUUGGCACAUUUCCUGUGAUACUCUGCUGCUUCCACAGUUGCCACCUGGUGGUUCUUUGCCACGCUGGUGGAGGCUCAUCUGCCUCUACACUGGAUGUUCCUGAGGGAAAAGAUGCAGUAGUUGGACACGUGUCAAUACGGUAAAGAAAGAAAAUUGCUACCGUGUCCUUUCUCUCAGUUUAAAACAUCGGAAACUUGUUUAGUGGCAAACAAAGCUACUACCAUAGUGUUAGAGGGUGGUGACAGAGAUUAGACUUCUAGCUAGAUAUGCAUCUGGCAGCAUCCCUCUUAUACCCCUGGGAAAUAGGGGUCCAAAGCAAAGAAGGAACCUGAAGUUAAAAUAUUUAGAAGUAGCCAAAGCCCACUAGUCUACGUAUACUGAAAAUUUUCUGUGAUAUGUGGCUUUAUAUGUCUUUGUAUUCUCACUGUAGUAUGUAUUAUUUUAUUUAUCUAAUUAUAAUGGUUUUAAACAGCAAAUGAUGUGUAAUAUAAAAUGAAUGAAAAACACAUCUAGGCUUUUGUCAGAGUCGUUAGUAUGAAUACUCAAAAACCCAAAUUUCUCUUCAGAGGGGGAAGUGUUUCAGACCUAUGUGAAACUUGCCUUACAACUUCGGAUACGUCUGUGAACACACAUGGUUGUUUUUCUAUUAUGUAAGUUGCAGGAUUCUUUUUCUAUUAUGUAGGUUGCAGGAUUCUAAGUAGAAUAGGGAAGUAUAGAUCCUGGAACUAGGUGACAUUCAUGUUAAAUGAUCAGGUGUCCAAAGGCAACUAAAAAGAUGACAUGUCACUCACUUUAAAGAGCUGAUUCUUUACCCAUGUAACUUGGAGAAUUUGCUAUAUUUGAUUGUGAUUUCAAAGCAUAAUUGUUAGAGGUAGCUUUUCUGCCUGCUUCCAAGGCCAAAUGCUUAUUUUUCUCACUAAAGUGGUCACAAGGCUUUUUCUGUCUUCUGAUGACAAGGAUCUAUUGUAUUUUAAUAAAAGGAUCCAACAUAAAUGGGCUUAAGUAAUUCCCUUUUCACUUGAACUCAAUGUGUAGCAAAUUUUGAUGAAAAGGUAAUUUUAAAGAGAGUCAGUCCUAGUUUUCCUACAAGUUAUAUAUCUUUUCAGUAUCUUCCUACCCCUUCCCCGAAUUUUCUGUUACCAUUGAGUUCUCAAACAGUACUUAAUCCUUUUUUUUUUUUU